AUGGCUUCCGCCCUCCGAGCAAGCAGAGCACUGCGGCCACUCACUCGCAGCCUCAACCUCAGACCCUCUGCCCGAACGUAUGCCAACGUCACCGAGUCCCGUAGUGCUGCUGCAGCAGCCGCUCAAGUACAGUAUGACACAACGCCCAUCACAACGGCAUUCUUCCCCGAUGAGCCCAGUGGUCCACAAGUCAACACCGCCAUCCCAGGACCGAAGAGCAAGGAAGCAAUAGCCAAACUACACGAAGUGUUCGACACUCGAAGUCUGAAUAUGAUGGCCAACUACCAGCAGUCGUACGGCAACUAUAUCGCUGAUCUCGAUGGCAACGUUCUGCUCGACGUGUAUGCCCAAAUUGCGUCCAUCCCCGUGGGAUACAGCAAUCCUGCUCUGCUCCUCGCAGCAACCUCUCCAGAUAUGGCAUCUGCCAUCAUUAACAGACCUGCGCUUGGCAAUUUUCCACAGCAUGACUGGGCGUCCAUCCUGGAGACGGGCGUCCUUCGCGUGGCACCGAAGGGCUUGAAUCAAGUCUUCACCGCAAUGGCCGGAUCUGAUGCGAAUGAGACAGCAUACAAAGCUGCAUUUAUGUGGAAGGCGCAGCAGAAGCGAGGUGGACCGGACGUCGACUUCGAGCCAGAGUCGAUCUCUUCGUCAAUGGACAAUAAGGCUCCUGGCGCUCCGAACAUGUCGAUAAUGUCAUUCAAGACUGGCUUCCACGGUCGCCUGUUCGGCAGUCUGUCUACCACUCGCAGCAAGCCCAUCCACAAAAUCGAUAUCCCAGCCUUUGACUGGCCACAAGCCCCAUUCCCAAUGCUCAAAUAUCCUCUCGAGGAGCAUGUCGCUGAGAACCGUGCCGAGGAACAACGCUGCCUAGACGAGGCUGAAGAUAUCAUUAAGAACUUUCACAAUCCAGUUGCCGCUGUUGUUGUCGAGCCUGUCCAAUCCGAAGGCGGCGACAACCAUGCUUCUCCAUUCUUCUUUAAUGGUCUGCGCGAGAUUACACGCAAGCACGACGUGUUGUUGAUUGUCGACGAAGUCCAGACUGGUGUUGGUGCCACUGGCAAAUUCUGGGCGCAUGACCACUGGAACCUCCAAGACCCGCCUGAUAUGGUCACAUUCUCCAAGAAGGCACAAACCGCUGGCUACUACUUUGGCAACCCAGAGCUGCGACCAAACAAGCCAUACCGCCAGUUCAACACCUGGAUGGGAGAUCCAGCCCGAGCCAUCCUCUUUCGAGCUAUCAUCAACGAGAUCGAACGGCUGAAUCUGGUGGAAAACACGGCUCAGGUUGGUGAUUAUCUGUAUAACGGUAUCGCUGGUCUUGCUCAGAAGUAUCCGCAACACUUCCAGAACCUGCGAGGCAAAGGUCAGGGAACGUUCAUUGCGUUUGACAACCCAAAGCGUGACGAGUUCCUGGCGAAGAUGAAGGGCUUGGGCAUCAAUAUCGGCGGUAGCGGUGCCACUGCUGUCCGACUGAGGCCUAUGUUGAUCUUCCAGAAGCACCAUGCUGAUAUUCUGCUCGACGGGCUGGAGAAAAUGGCGAAUCAAUUGUGA